UGCAAAUGCACUAGAUACCAUGUUCCAGAAAGGGGAUCGGAUGGCAAUAGACAUGCCUAUGACAUGCAAUGCAGUCAUCAUAUAUUUGGCAAUCGUCCUUGGUGGCUUUGUUGUCGUAUCAAUAGCAGAUAGUUUUGCACCACAGGAGAUUGGUAUUCGCAUGGGUGUUUCAAAAGCAAAGGCAAUUUUUACUCAGGAUUUCAUUAUUAGGGGAGGCAAGAAAGUUCCACUUUACAGGUUAGACUGAUCACGGAUGAAUAUUGGAGAGAAUCUUUGGCAUGCAAAGCGAUUUUUGCAUACUUGCUUGCGUAGGUCAGUUG